AUGUAUGUAGUGCCUCCGCCUCCGCGAUCCGAAUCGGGAUCCAACUCUGAUUUACGGGUUUACCAAACUUGGAAAGGCAGCAAUAAAUUCUUUCUUCAGGGAAGAUUUGUAUUCGGACCAGACGUGAGAUCACUGGCCCUGACGAUAUGUCUCAUCGCUGUCCCCGUCACAAUCUUCUGCAUCUUUGUAGCCAGGAAGCUAAUGGACGACUUCUCUGAUAACUGGGGAGUAUCCAUAGUAUCUGUCGCCGUCGUCUUCACCAUUUAUGAUUUGAUUCUUCUGCUGCUUACAUCCGGAAGAGAUCCAGGAAUCAUCCCUAGAAACGCUCAUCCUCCAGAGCCUGAACCCCUUGACAGCAGCAACGUGGAUGCAGGAGCUGGCCAGACUCCUCAGCUGAGACUCCCUCGCAUUAAGGAAGUAGAGGUUGAUGGGGUUACGUUUAAGGUCAAGUACUGUGACACUUGCAUGCUCUAUAGGCCUCCUCGCUGUUCCCACUGCUCUAUUUGCAACAACUGCGUUGAAAAGUUCGACCAUCACUGCCCUUGGGUUGGCCAAUGUAUUGGACGAAGGAACUACAGAUUCUUCUUCAUGUUUGUCUUCUCCACGACCCUUCUCUGUAUAUAUGUGUUUGCCUUCUGCUGGGUCUAUAUAAGGAAGAUCACGGAGUCAGAGCAUAUAACCAUUUUGAAGGCAAUGCUCAAAACUCCUGCCUCUAUUGUAUUGAUAAUCUACACAUUCAUAUCGAUGUGGUUCGUUGGUGGCUUGACAGCUUUCCAUCUAUAUCUCAUCAGCACAAACCAGACUACAUAUGAGAAUUUCAGAUACAGAUACGACCGGAGAAGCAACCCACACAACAAGGGAGUGGUUAACAACUUCAAAGAAACAUUUUGCUCUGCAAUCCCUCCUUCAAAGAACGACUUCAGAGCCAUGGUUCAUCGUGAACCUCCAUUGCCUCCAAGAUCUGUAGCAGGCGGGGGUUUCAUGAGUCCAAACAUGGGUAAAGCCAGUGAUGACAUUGAAAUGGGAAGGAAGGCUGUUUGGGCUGACAUGGGUUCAGCAAUGUCAGAACAUGGUGGUGAUGGCAAAGAUGGUAACAACGAAAGGCUACAUGUUAAGGACGGUGAGUUAGGAGAGCUUUCACCAGACGUUAGGACGACUGUUGAUGAACAGAGUGAUAGGCCGAGUAUGCACCCAAGGCGCUCAAGCUGGGGAAGGAAAAGUGGAAGCUGGGAUAUGUCGCCAGAAGUUAUGGCCUUAGCAGCGAGAGUGGGAGGAGAACACAACCAGAACGGUGGAGGAAGCAGCAGCGGAAGUGGUUUAAUGACUGAGAACAGGCCUACAUAGUUCAGAUACUAGAUUUAGGCACGGAAGGAAGACAGAACAAAGCUGAACAUUUGUUGGAUUAUUCAGCUUAAAAUCAGUUUUAUGCAGGCUUGUGGUUUGUUGAGGCAAAAGAACUAAGCAAUGUUCUUAAUGUGAAAAGUGUUUUUGUGUUGUUGGGUUUGUUGUGGUAAGCAAAAAGGUUGAAUUGGUGUGUUGUAUUACUUGUGUGUAUGAGUGAGCUUCUUUAUUGUUCAGACUGAUCUUUGUUUAGUUGUGUUCAUCAUUUAACCUGA